UUGUAACAAGCACAUAAACAGCCACUCGAGGAGCGGCGCCUACCCUUCCAUAUGAUGAAGAAGAGUAUGUGCUGCUGCUCUCUCGCUGCUCUGCGCACCCACAAACCCUUGCCCUUCCCCGUCUGCAUCUCCCUCUCCGUCGUCGCCGCAGCCUCCCCUCGCCGAUGCCUCUCCAAAUCCUUGUCCUCCCCCUCCUCCUCAUUGAACGCAGUGCUAUCCAUAGCCGCGGAUGACUACCGACCCCCUUCCUCCUUCCACUUUGGACCAUCCCUCCGCCGUGGCCACCUCCCGGAACCGCCACCUCUCUCUUUGAACCACUCCAGUGAGGACGGCGACGGCGGCGUUAUCGAAAAGGCAAAGUUUUGCCGCGUCUUCGAUGUCGCCGCCCUCCGGGUUCCCGUGGAGGAGUGCGCUGCCCUCGAGAGCCACCUCCGCGGGCACCUCCUUAACUGGCCCCGUGUCCGCAACAUCGCCAGGGUACCCGGCGACGACCUGGACCUUGAGAUCCGAAGACUGCUCCGAGAGGGCGAAGGGGAUGGCGGGGCUAGGCUCGACUCGCUCGCGGCCAGGGUUGAUGGGAGGGCUGACGUCGAGACGGCGGCGCUGAGUCCAGUGCUGUAUAGGGAAAAACUCGCGAAGGAAUUCAAUUGCAGUGGGUUUCUUAAGUUUAGGAAUCUGGCGAAGCUGUCGCGGCCAAAGAAGAAGAAGAAGAAAUUGAACAGCAAAGAUGGGGGUGAUCUAGCGAGCAAGAACUUAGAAAAGAAUGAUUCUUAUGUCGUCAAGGUGAUUGGAGAUGAAAAAGACAAGGGGGAUUUAAGCGGUUUGCUCGGCGAAGACUUCAAAGGACGGAGGUGGAGAGGUCCUACCAGGCUGCUCCUAUUGGACGAGAAAUAUGCAAAGAAAGGUGUGAGUGAGCUCCCAGAGGCCAUCAAGGCUGUAUUAAAUGGCGACACAUUCCACAGUAGAUCCUCGUCAUUUGAGCUUGUGCAAUGCCAGCUGGCCUUAUUCUAUGAUUACUGGUCAAUGAGUGAGCUCCUCGAGGCCUUGCUACCUGAGGGCUUGAUUGUUCCAACUGGAUUUGAAACAAUUGGCCAUAUUGCACACUUGAAUUUGCGAGAUGAACACUUACCUUUUAGAAAACUUAUCGCACAGAUAGUCUUGGAUAAGAACAGGCCAAAAAUACAGACAGUGGUUAACAAGAUGGAUGCAAUUCAAAAUGAAUACAGGACAAUGCAACUUGAAGUCUUGGUUGGUAAUCAUUCCCUUGUAACAACUGUGGUCGAGAAUGGAUUUCGUUUUCAAGUUGAUCUCGGAAAAGUUUAUUGGAAUUCUAAGUUGGCAACUGAGAGACAACGACUUAUCUGCAGUUUCACAAGAUCUGAUGUCGUAUGCGAUGUAUUCUCUGGUGUUGGUCCAAUAGCCAUUUCUGCAGCAAGGAAAGUGAAGUGUGUAUUUGCCAAUGACCUAAACCCCAAUGCUGUUGAAUAUCUUGAAAGAAACAUUGUCCUCAACAAGCUCGAGAGGAAAGUAGAGGUUUUUAACAUGGAAGGCCGUAGGUUCAUUGCUGCAAUGUUCACUACUCAACUGAGAUAUUCUAUUACACAAGUGGUUAUGAAUUUGCCAAAUGAUGCUACCGAAUUUCUAGAUGCAUUUAGAGGAGUAUUCAGAAACACUCCUAGGUCCGCUCGCACUCUUCCAAAGAUUCAUGUCUACGGAUUCUCAAAGGCACAAAACCCUGAGUAUGAUUUUCAAGAGAGGAUUAAUGUCGCAUUGUGUGCGGAAGUUGUCGAUGUAGAAAUGCACAGAGUCCGCCUUGUUGCUCCCGGAAAAUGGAUGCUUUGCGCAUCGUUCAUAUUGCCCGAAGAUAUUGCUUUUGGGAAAUAAUUAGUUCACUCCCUAGAACAAACAUGCCUAGCCUUUUAUCACUUGUACUAUAUAUGAUGUUUUAUCUCUUAAUACAUUAAUUUUUAAAAAAGAAAUAGAUUUACUAUUUAUUAUCAUUUAAAA